AUGUUCGUGAAGCUCAUCACCAUCAUCUUCUUCUUCGUCAGUCUACUCUCUCAACUCCAAAAAUUCUCUUCCCAGUCUCUCUAUAACUUCACUUACAAUGGCUUCUAUCCUCCACUGACUGCUAACAUAACCCUCCAAGGGAUCGCCACCGUCACACCCACCGGUCUAUUAAAGCUAACCAAUUCAACGAAGGAUGAAACGGGUCACGCGUUCUAUAACCAACCACUUCGGUUCAAAGACUCUCCAAACGGCCCCGUCUCUUCCUUCUCCACAACGUUUGUUUUCGCCAUAGACGCUGAGUUCAAGACACUUAGCGGCCACGGCUUUGCCUUUGUUGUGGCUCCUAUCUUCGUCCUCCCGGAAUUCAAUUCCAGUUCCGGACUCCUUGGGCUCUCCAACCCCAAUAUCGCACAUAAUGAAACAUUUCAUAUAUUCGGUGUUGAAUUAAAAACUAUUCAGAAUACCGGAUACACUGAUAUGAAUGAUAACACCAUCGAUAUCGAUGUGAAUGGCUUGUAUCCAGUGAAAAGUUCACGUGCGGGGUACUGGGACGAGACAGGUCAGUUUAAAAACCUUACUUUGAACAGUGGUGGGCGGAUGCAGGUUUGGGUUGAUUAUGAUGGUGUUACCAAUCAGAUCAAUGUAACAAUGGCUCCUUUUAACCAUGACAAACCUAUAAAACCUCUUGUCUCUACUGUCUGGGAUCUAGCCCCGGUUCUUUUGCAAGAUAUGUUCGUAGCUGAAGGGGAAGGCUCCCCCGUUAGCCUUACAAAGACUUCCAAAAUUUCUAGAGUCGCAGUACAAGACAAGAGGAAUCUCACCGUUUACGUCCGUUUUUAUUUCAGUGUCAGUUCCCCUUAUGUUUAUCGCUUCGCUCAUCUUCCUUGUGUGCUUCAUAUUAAGGGGGAGGAGAAAGUUUUCGGAGAAGCUGGAAGAUUGGGAAACAGAAUUCAGGAAGAACCGACUGAAGUUCAAAGACUUGUACUAUGCCACCAGAGGAUUCAAUAA